GGUCCUUUCCUCCUUGUUACGGUUUGUUGUCUGAAUCUGAUCUGUACACGUGAUUCUGAUCACAAAUUACUCCUUAAAGUGUGUUGGUGUGUCUUCAGCUCAGGGUUAGCAGGCUGUUUGACACGCAUGGACACACAAGAUUAUGAAUAGUGAAGAAAAUGAAGAAUGGAACAUUCAUCAAAGACUGACAACCUCUUAUAAGGUGACUAGUGUGACCUCAUGACGCUUCUGUAAAAGCCAGACUCAGCUAGGAUGUUACACCAUCACUGUCGGAGAAACCCUGAGCUACAGGAAGAAUUGCAGAUUCAGGCUGCGGUUGCUGCUGGCGAUGUUCACACCGUGCGCAAAAUGCUGGAGCAAGGUUAUUCUCCAAAUGGUCGAGAUGCCAAUGGCUGGACACUGCUUCAUUUCUCUGCUGCGAGAGGGAAAGAGAGAUGUGUUCGUGUUUUUCUUGAACAUGGAGCUGAUCCCACAGUUAAGGACUUAAUUGGAGGCUUUACUGCUCUGCAUUACGCAGCCAUGCACGGCCGAGCGAGGAUCGCGCGCUUGAUGUUGGAAUCGGAAUAUAGGAGUGACAUUAUUAAUGCAAAAAGCAACGACGGUUGGACUCCCCUCCAUGUAGCAGCCCACUACGGCAGAGACUCGUUUGUCCGGCUCCUGUUGGAGUUCAAGGCUGAGGUUGAUCCGCUCAGUGAUAAAGGUACAACCCCGCUUCAGCUGGCCAUUAUCCGCGAGAGGUCAAGCUGCGUGAAAAUCCUGCUGGAUCACAAUGCCAACAUCGACAUUCAGAAUGGUUUCCUGUUACGCUACGCUGUGAUCAAAAGCAAUCACUCGUACUGCCGAAUGUUCCUUCAGCGAGGGGCGGACACAAACUUGGGGCGCUUGGAGGACGGACAGACACCCUUACACUUGUCUGCUCUUAGAGAUGAUGUGCUUUGUGCACAAAUGUUGUAUAAUUACGGAGCAGACACUAACACAAGGAACUAUGAAGGACAGACCCCACUGGCUGUUUCAAUAAGUAUUUCUGGAAGUAGCCGACCCUGUCUGGAUUUCUUACAAGAAGUGACAAGACAGCCCAGAAACUUGCAAGAUCUAUGCCGAAUUAAAAUCCGACAGUGUAUAGGCCUUCAAAACCUAAAACUACUUGACGAACUACCCAUUGCCAAGGUUAUGAAAGACUACUUAAAACACAAAUUCGAUGAUAUCUGAUAUCCAUGAAGAGAAGAACUCUGAGCAAGAUUAGUUAUAUUCCAGAUACUGAAGAGGCUUGUUGCCUUGCACAAAGUAUAUCCUAUGCAAAUUCUGAUUUUUCUGUGAAGUCAGAAGGCAGGUAUACACUUCCUUGGGUUUUUUAUACCACAUGCUAGAAGGUCUUAAUUUUUUGGUUUCUUGGUCCAAGUUUACAAGGUCCAAGCUUUCUAUACGAUGUCGCAUUUUAGAAUUUGCUGUUGGGUUUUCAGUUGUUUGUUUUCACAUUCAGUGUGCAGACUUGCAGUGGAGGUGGAAUGUGGCCAAACGACGGAGGGGGUUGCUUUGAAUUGGCGUGCUGAGCAGAGCUUUUAUCAAAGUCUGGAAAUCAAGGUGCCCGUCCUGCAAAAAGAUACCGAUAGACCUCUGGAGCCCUGUGGUCUGUUGGGGCAUUUUGUCUCUACCAGGGUGGAUGUUUUUGCAGGAUAGGGAAGAGUCGAUAAUCAAAAUGUAAUUGGGUACUGUAUGAGGAUAAUUUAUGAAUUUAAAAAGUAAUAAUAUCACUUGAUUCGAUGUGAGGGUCUUUUCAUUUUGCCCUCUUCCUCUUUCCUGUAGUUCAGAUGCUCAUCAAAUUCAGCCCUCUUUGCUGACGUUCCCUGUACAGCGGGUGGCUCUUUUCGUCUCAUCCUAACAGUGAUGGAACACUAUCAAGAGGCGUAGCCUCUGUAUUUUACACAUUAACUUAAGAGUAAAAAAAACAAAACAACAAAACCUAGAAUUUUGAAGCUGAUAUAUUUUUCUCAUACAGUGCCUCCUGUGCAAUAAUCUUUUCUGAUGUAUUUUCCCUUUAUGUGUGAUUUAUUCUUUUUUAUUCCUUUCCCCACUAUUCCUCAUUUAGUCUCAGUGCAUUAUUUGUGAGAAUAGGAACUGCUGCCUCGCUGCAGUGUUAAUAGGACGUUACUGAGAUGAUGGUGGCAGUUGCUGUUCGUUAUUAAUCCCUGAAUUUCAUGAAUGUAUAACCUGCUUUAUUUCACUUUCAGUUGGAUUUUUAUCUGUGGGUUCUCAGCCAAAUUACAACCAUUAAAAAAAAAAAUAGGUAGAAAAGAAAUUGGCCAAACCCUUUAUUUUAAAGGCAGUAAUGAGAUUUGUUGUCAUUAUUGCUCUGAAAUUCAAUUUAUUUUAGAGAGUGGGAAGUGCACAUAAGUUGUGUUCAGCUGCACCUUAUAUGCGCACAAACAAGAAAGCACCCUCUUGGUAUUGCAAGUUUAAAUUCUGCAAACAUCAAGUGAUUUCCUAGUAAUCUAAAAGCAGCAACUGAAAGGAGUACUGAAAUUUGGCUACUGGAUGUGUUCUUCAUGCUAGGUAUUAAAAAGAUCCGCUAAUGAGUUUUGUUUCUGAUCAUAACAAAUGAAGUUCUUGCUAUCAAAGAAAGAUUGGGCCAAAACUUGAAGUUGUUCCACCCUCCUUAUUUUCAAGAGAUUAUGGAAUCAUCACGUGGUUCUUGCCAAUGUCUUCUCCUUUUCUUUUGCCAUCCCACUGACUCCAGAAGAGCCCCUCUAGUGUCAGGAGUGUUUUGUACCCAUUAUACCAAUGGAAACGGGGAGAUGAAAGGAACCGAUGGUGGCUUUUAAUUUUAACACUGUCACUUUCAAAAUAUUUAGUAUUAAAAAUACUAAAAAAAAAAAAAAGGCAGAAGCAGGUUUACUCACAUUGUUUAUCUCUGCUAGUUCAUUUUAAUACCUUGUAACCCUGGGUUGUGGUUUACCUGAAGCACAAACCUUUUCACUAGUAAUGGAUGCAGCAGAGCUAUGGCAGCGAGAAGGCUUCUCCCUCCCUGCAGUGCCCAAUACUGCAUUCAGCUUCCAAACCAUAUGUGAUUUUGGAGAUUCUGGAGCAUUGGUGAUGGGAUGUGGAGCCUCUUGAUCUCCAGCUUGCACCAGUUCCAGUGCAGCCCAUUCAGCAGCAUGUGAGCUCCAGGUUAAUGUGAGCACUCAUGGCUGAGUGUGUGUGAGUGCCUGUAGCUGUGGUGGAAGCAGGAAGGGUCAACCCUUAGGAUCUAAAAGCUCUGCAGAACAGAGACAUGAUGUAAGGAAGAGCUGGUGGGUUUGAAGCAUGAAUCUUCUCUUUUUGUAACGCAAGAUCAGAACCUUAAAACUGCUUCUUGUUUUUUUUUAAAUACUUAGUAUUGUACACUACACUUGUAAGUUGGUCUAAACCAAUAUCUUUUCCCACUGAAUUUUUACAGUAAUAUUUUCUAAGGUAAUCUAGAGUAUAUUUUAGUUGCAAUCUAUUUUAAGGCAAAUUAUUUGUUCUGUCUGUUGCUGUGACUGAAGAAAAUUAUGGAAGACUUGUUGGUAACAAGAAUGCUAUUUAAUGAAGAAAUGUGUAAUUCCAUUAUUUAUUGUUUGAGGUUUGUUUUUUGGUUAUUUAAGUAGCUGACGUCUAAAGGGAACACAUACAUUUCAGGCCAGUAAAAAGCCUUUCUUUUUAAUUCAUUUUCAUCUUCUCCUCUUUCCCUUCCCCAAUGUGGAGGGAAGCCCUCAUCAUUUCCUAUAUGCCAGGCCAUCUCUUGGGGCUGGUUUCUCAGACCUCGAUUCAACAAAGUGCUGCAGCACGUGUAUCUCUGAGCCUGCUGAUAGUCCUGGUUGCUCUCUGAAGUUAUACAUGUGCUCGGUGAAGUAGGGUUACUCACCAGUAAUCCUACCCAAAUUUCAUGUGGAAUCUGGUCUUUUUUAUUAUUUAAAUUAUCGUGCACAAAUACUUUGAAGAAGUAAAUGGACUUUGUUUUUCAUUUGAACUAGAAUGUGGAAAGAGAAGUGCAUAAUACAGAUUUGUUAUGUAGCCUAGAUCCAUUACCGUAAAAUUCACAGUUGAACACUUUUAAUAAACCUUAAAAAAUUGGCAAGUACACCAAAGAAUCAAUAUGAGUAAAAGACUCUGAUCGUUAACAAACUGCAAACCUCAUCCUUUAAAACAAAGUGGAAAGUUUUUGUAAAUAUUUGUUUAUAAAUGUACAGCAGAGUAAGAGUGUUUUUUAGAUUAUUUAAUUACCAUAUUUCUAAACUAUUUACAUUAUAGACAAUACUUGUUAGUUUGAAAAGCUCUUGAGUGUGGGUUGUUUUUUUUGUUUUGUUUUGUUUUUUUCCUCGUGGAUUUGUUUCUGGCUCUUUGGGUUUUGUUUUUUAAAUUCAUUAUCACUCAUGCUUGGAAUAACUUUGGCUUCCUUGGAAUAGCGUGGAAAAUUCUUUUUUUUGGCUCUAGUUGGCUAUAGUAGGAGAACACAUCUGGACAAACUCAUCAGAGAAACACCCUGAGGCAAAAGAGAAUGUGUAGCAUGUUUACUAAGGAAGACCUGGAUAGAUGAAAAAUUUGGGAUCCCAACUUUCUCAGUUCAAUCUGUCCAGAGCCCACGAUGACGCUGUGAUGAGCAACUUGCACCCUGCCCACAAGUCUGGCUUCCAUGCAACUCUGUGUUACCAAUGCCAUGAUGUAUUCUGUUCUUCCUUUGCAAUGUAAGCUUUUGCUUUCGGAUCAACUCAGAUUUAAAAGAAAAAGGAAAAAAAAAAAAAAGUUUGAAACCUUUUUUUUUUUUUUUUCCAUUUAUGUUCUGUUGAUUUCCAAUGUAAUGUUUUAAUAACAUGAUACCACUUUACACA